UGAAGCUCCACAGUUUGGACAUUGUCGACGUCGAGACACAACAUCCUGGACGCGGUUCACCAAGACCACACCACCAAUUCCCACGAGACGGUCGCCCCUCUAAUUCCUUGAUCCCAAGAUGGCGUCCGAUUCUUCAAUCACCACCGCCAGGCAGGCCACUCGCGAGGAGAUGCGCGAUGCCAAACUCCCUCUGGCCUACCGCGACAGCUGUGCCCACCUCCUCAUUCCGCUUAACCGGUGUCGCUACGAUACUUACUACCUGCCGUGGAAGUGCGAGGACGAGCGACACACAUACGAAAAGUGCCAAUACGUCGAGUUCAAGAAGCGCGUCGCCAAGAUGGACGAGUUGAGGGCGGCCAAGGGUGGAGCGCGGAGCAACUGAUUUGAUUUCGAUCAAAUCAUUGGGAAAGAAACGGCACGAGCAAAACGAGCAAGGGCACGGAACACAGGACGCACGACGGAGACACAGCACAGCGCGAGGAAAACAGGAUCGCGAGACCACACCCCGCCCUGUACAUAUCUUAGAGACGGGCACGAUAAUGAGAAGGGUCAAUGAGCAUUGGAGGAUGACCUCUGAACCAUCGCGAGUUCCACUUGCUCCCACGACCAUAUCCAUGCAAUGGGCCCCCCCAACUCCACUGGCUCGAGUCAUGACUGUGGAUUGCAGGGCUGUAGGGCUGAAGUCAGUGCGCACUUUCACGAACUGGAACCGUCGACAGGAAGUUUGGAACAGACGCACAAUUGCGUGUGGUGCUACACUUCAAAGAAAGGAUUGAACGUCAAUCGGUAUCCGUAAAGGUUGGGAAUUUUGAAGCGAAAAAAUGUUGACCGGAACAGGAACAAUGCACUGUCCGACGGGUUGCCGAUCCUACACAGUCACAGCACCGAAACCGGAGCGGAUGGAGAUCCAAGGUCAAAUGCAAAAGUGGUUGACAACACCAAAAUCAAUCAUGUCUGACAAUGUGCGGCAUUCAGCUUUGGGCCAAUCGAUCAUGGGGUUCCUCUGUUAUUCAGCACCGCAAAGGGACAAAUAAACUGCGCAGGAAAUGUCAUACAAUCUUAUCAGAAGAAGGAUACCAGCACUGAUGGCUUCGUGAGUGGCAAAAGCUUGUCAUGGAGACUUAAAGUGUAGCAGCCAUGCCCUUAUCAAAUCCCGACUUACGCCAUGCACCAUGAUACCAAGAC